CUACUGAUGAGGAUAUUGUCAAAGCAACCCGAGACAACAGCUGCAAUUAUGCGUUGCACGCCAAAGAAGGGAAAGUGAUCAGCUUUGCCACGCCAGGAUUCCCAAACAGCCCUUACCCAUCCAACAUGCGCUGCUUCUGGGCGCUGAGAGCUGAUGCCAACGCAGUCAUUAGCCUGACCUUCACUAGCUUUGACGUCGAGGGAUGCAACCAAGGCAAGGAUUUUGUCAAGGUGUACAACUCUUUGAGCCCAGUGGAAGAACGCUCGCUGGUGAAGCUGUGUGGGAGCUUUGAUUUUUCAUACAACCUGACUUUCAUCUCCUCCCAAAACGUCCUCCUGGUUAUGUUAAGUACAGAUGCAAAGGGAAGAUUUCCUGGAUUCAAAGCAGACUUCUUCCAGAUGUCAAAGACAUCUUGUGGCGGAGUUUUGAAAGGCAUAUCAGGGAAUUUCACCACUCCGUACUAUCCAGCCUACUACCCUCCAAAUCUGGAUUGCGUGUGGAAUAUAGAGGUGCCUGGGGACAAAAAUGUAAAGAUACGCUUCAAUGAAUUCCACCUGGAGGAUCCUGGUGACUCCUCCAACUCCUGCCCCAAAGAUUAUGUGGAAAUCAACGGUAUCAAAUAUUGUCAGCCCAGCAAGGGAUUUGUGGUAAUGAGUAAAACCAACAAAAUUACAGUUCGUUUCCACUCAGAUAAUUCACACGUGGACAAUGGCUUCUCGGCUGAGUAUUUGUCCUUUGACUCCAAUGAUCCUUGCCCAGGGCAAUUCACCUGCAAAAGUGGCCGUUGUGUCAAAAAAGAACUGCGCUGUGAUGGGUGGCUUGACUGCCCAGAUGCCAGCGAUGAGACAGAUUGCAAUUGCACUAAGAAUCAAUUCCGAUGCCAUAAUAAUUGGUGUAAGCCAAGGUACUGGCUUUGUGACACGGUGGAUGACUGCGGGGACAACAGCGAUGAACUGCAGUGUG